CUCCACCGGUCUCGCUCCUCCGCGGCGACGUCAACUCAAGCACGUGGUUUUGUUAUUGCAGGAAGUGAAGAUGGCGGCGGAGUCGUUGCUAACCGAGUCCGCGCUCGGUUGGUCUAUCUUCGCCUUUGUGUUGUUGGUGAUCCUUGCUUUCUGCUGGGUCUACAUUCGGAAAUUCCAGAGCCGCCAGGAGAGUGAAGUUGUUUCAACCAUCACAGCAAUAUGUGCACUGGCAAUUGCUUUGAUAACUUCGGCACUCCUGCCAGUAGAUAUAUUCCUUGUUUCAUUCAUGAAGUAUCCCAAUGGCACCUACAAGGAAUGGGCAGCAAACAAUGAGACAAGGGGGCAAAUUGAGGACACCGUGCUAUAUGGAUACUACACACUUUACUCCAUCAUUCUAUUCUGCGUCUUCUUAUGGAUCCCCUUUGUUUAUUUCUACUAUGAAGAAAGGGAUGAUGACAACGUCAACAAGUGCUCGCAAGUGAAAAAUGCUCUGAAGUACACAGUUGGAUUUAUCAUUGUCUGCGUGGUGCUCCUUUUAAUUGGAGCGUUUGUUCCUCUUCAGGCCCCACCUGGUCAGAAUUCUACUCAGUGGGAGAAAGUACAGUACCUUUUUGAGGAGCUUGGGAGUGGCCAUGGCCUACCCGCUCUGUCUUUCUCCAUCAGUUCUCUGACCUUGAUUGGCAUGCUGGCAGUGAUCACUUACACGGCGUACGGCAUGUCUGUACUCCCCUUGAAUCUCAUAAAAGGUACACGGAGUGUGUUGUAUGAACGCCUGGAGAACACAGAGGACAUUGAAGAUGUUGAGCACCAGAUUGAAAAGCUGAAAGCCAAGUGUAAAGAUGGACGUCCUCUGUCCUCAAGAGACCGACACAACCUGCAGGAGCUCGAGGGCAAACUGCAGGUCCUCCGGCGCAGGGGUAGACACCUGGAAAUUGCAGAGAGGAACUGCUGCACAAAAGUGGGCAGUGCCCUCAGACCUUUUAAGAUAUUGCUGGGCGUUUUCUUCAUCCUAGUGGCACUGCUCUUCACUGUUGCCCUGUUCAUUUCAAAUUUGGAUAAAGCCUUCCACUCUGCUGGCAUCAGCACUGGGUUCAUUAUCUUUGGCACCAACCUGACCAACCCUCUGAAUGAACUUCUGUUAGCUUUACAGCCGGUUUUCCCAUUGGACUACAUCCUGAUCACAAUCAUCACCAUGUACUUUGUACUCACAUCUAUGGCCGGCAUUCGUAACAUGGGCAUCUGGUUCUUCUGGAUAAGGCUAUACAAAAUAAGACCUAAGAGAACCCGUCCCCAGGCCCUUCUCUUCCUCUGUAUGAUCCUUCUCUUGAUUGUUCUUCACACCAGCUACAUGAUCUAUAGCCUUGCUCCACAGUAUGUCAUGUAUGGCAGCCAGAAAUAUCUUGUACAGAGCCAUACACCCUCAGUAGGUCUUGUGCCUGGGAAUGAUACCUCUGGGAUCACCAAGAUCUGUGAUGCCGACGCGCCUAAAGAUGAAUGCACAGUGACAAGAUCCUAUCUUUUCCUCCACAAGUUUUGGUUCUUCAGCACCAUCUACUACUUUGGCAAUUGGGCGUUUAUUGGGGCUUUCCUCAUUGGUCUGGUGGUGUCCUGCUGCAGAGGGAAGAAGUCUGUGAUUGAGGGAGAGGUGGAGGCUGAUGACUCAGACAUGAGUGAUGAUGAAUAUGUGCACUGAAAAUCAGUGCUUGCUUGGAAUGAGCAGUAGAUAUUCCAGCCACACCUUAAAGGGGCUAGAAAGUAUUUUUUCUUAAAUUAAUGAAUGUCAGUAAGUUCUGUCUUUAUUAUUUUCAAAGCUAUCACAGCACUGUCUUGCCUAUUUUGGGAGAUGACUCCAACUCUGAUUCCUACCAUGUGAAUUCACUUCUCAAUUCUAGCAUCUGAAAGUGACAUAAAUUGGUAAUUUCGGUAGGAGAGUCUCUUAUUGCACCUGCUGAGUCAGAAACAAGAUGUUAUCUAUAUUCUGAGUUCAGACAUAAACUCACUUUAAAGUCAGUAGAUACUUUCUAGGCCCUUGACGUUAUUACUGUAUGACUAUAGAUGGCUUUGACACACUUUGGGGAGAAAAUCUUCAAUUUAAAAACAGUAGAACUUACAAAAUAUAAACUGUUUAGUUUGCUUGAUUUUGAAAAUACUGUUGGAAUGAAAAAAAUAAUAAUGGUGUUAACUGCAGUAGACUUUCCAAAGUUUAUUAUUUUGCUUCUGUUUGUUUGAGGUUAUAUUUUAGUGCCAGUGCAGACCAUUGUGAAAGCUUGUGUUGCCGUACUUGCAGACCUGCACCGUGUUUGAAAUUUAAAGAGGACCAAUUGUGGUUUUUGUGAUUUUAAGGUCUCAGUAAUCCUUGGUUUUUUCACCAAAUGGGUUCAAUAGCUUUUUACUUUCUCUUUUGGAAAAUCAGAGUAGCUACAAUUUUUUUCAGCAUUCUAGUUUUUCUUAACAUCCCUGCAGUACGACAUAGUAAGUGUAAUGGCUUUGGUUCAGCCACAUUUAAUUUAUUUUAAGAUAAAGGUUCAUUCAGAAGUCAAUCUAGUGUAUUAUCAAAUUGCAAGAUAAAUGCAAACAAAGUUUAUUUACAAGAUAAGUUAAAAGUGUACAUUUACAAUUAGUGGUUGAGGGAAAAUAUAAAUUAUCAUAUAGUUUUAUUUGGAAGCCAAAUACUUCUGUUACAGUGGGCUCACUACAAGUUACCAAGCACAAACUAAGCACCAAAAUUGUCAGCCAGUACGGUUACUUGUCAGAAUCAAUACUUUGACCAGAUUUAGACCCAAUUAGGCAAACCUACCACUAUUUUAAGGCCAUAGUGAAAAGGUCAUAGUUGCCUUUAUAGACUUUCUGUCUCAGCUGAUCAGUUCAUUAUAUCAUGUUGUCGGCAUGAGCCCAAGACCAUAAUGUGAUGUGGUUUGACCUAGAUUGACUGUUUUUUGCUACCUGGUUACUCUAACAAGGACUGAGCACAAAAUCAUUUGACUAACAGUGGUGUUUAUUCUCAACCUCAGUGAUCCCUGUCUUUUAUAUCAGUUACCUUAUAAGGCCAAUCAGAAUUCCCAUUUGUUUGUAUCUUUCAUUUAAUCUUCCACUUGUCAGGAAUCAGGUAAGAUCUUCAUGAAGUCCUAGCGGAUUGAAUCAUACAAUCCUUACAGAUUUUAUGAUUCAAAAUCCAUAAGAAUUGUUUACAAAACAUGACCAAUUCCAUUUGGUUUCUUAAAUGAGUUUCCAGUUGGUUUUGUGAGGUACUUUUUUUUUGGAUAUUUGUUUUGUGGUUUCUCUACUAUGUAAUGCUAAUAAAAAAAAACAAAAAACAAUCAACUUAUGUUAAUGUACACGGCUUUUAAAAGCAAGCAUUAUUGUGUUGCGGCAAUAAAUGAACUUAAUUGUU